AUGGCUGUAAAAGCUAUAAAUGAUACAGCUGGCCCAGACGGACUCGUCCCAACACUUCUAGUCUUUGGCGCCUAUCCCAGGAUGACGGAUGAUUCGCCCCCUAGCUUUAGCGUCGUGCAGAGAGCUGAAGCUAUCCGUAAGGCAACUAGUGAAGCCAGACGAGCCCUCGCUAAGCGGCAGGUCCAAAAUGCCCUCUUAACGAGGAACGGCCCAGACACAACCCCAUUACAUACCCUUCCAUUGCAAUCCAAGGUUCGCGUUUGGAGAGAAAAGAACGGGUGGCAGGGCCCCUUUGAACUUAUUGCCGUUGAAGGCGAGACCUGCACCGUUGCUAAUGAGGCUGGAAUAACCUCGAAGUUCCGUUCCACGAUUGUACAACCCUAUCUAGAGGAUAAGGAUACAACCCCAACGGAUAACAAGCUACCCCAACAGCAGGCUGUUAACCAAGAUAAUGCUGAGGUUGCUAACGAGAGUGACGGGGAGGUUAACCAGGACGAAGAUAUCAGAGAUAGCAUUGCUGUUGCUAUCCCAACAGCAAGACGAGGCCCGGGAAGACCGCGUAAAGACCCAGAGACCAGAAGAGCUCCUUAUCAAACAUUUCCAAGAAGAGGCCCAGGAAGGCCACGUAAACGCCUUAUCGAAGAACAGUACUUCUUUAACGCCCUUGAGGACCCGCCCGAACGUACCAAGCUCCUUAAGAGCAUCAAAACAAUAGCAUUCCUGACCACGAAGGAGCAAGGAGACCGCGACCUUGCUGUCCUUCUCCGCAGUAAAGGACUCAUAAUCACCCCUGGCCAGCCGUUUGAAAUCUCAGGCCGCACUGAGAUUGAUAACUUGAUAGCCAGAGGUGUCUUUAAAUUUGAGCUUUAUGACCCUAUAAAGCAUGCUAAACUUCGCAUCUUUGACUCACGAAUGGUUAAUGAGGUCAAAGGCAAGGAUACAGCUGCCCCAUAUGAGAAAUCUCGCCUCGUCAUUCGGGGAUAUAAUGACGAGGGUAAAGCCUUCAUUUUGACGCAAUCACCAACAAUACAACGAGCCAGCCAACGGCUUAUGAUUGCACUCGCGCCCUCUCUCUUCCAACGAGGAAUUAUCCUCUGGAUAAGGGAUAUUACCCAAGCCUAUGUGCAAUCUCAAACACCUCUCCAAAGGACGAUUAUCGCAAAGAUUCCUGAGCAACUCCGCGGUAGAUACCCAGAAGGCACCAUCAUGGUAGUAGUUAAACCGUUAUACGGAAUACCAGAAGCCGGCACCCACUGGUGGGCGACUUAUUCCACCCACCAUCGAGAAAAGCUAAAGAUGGCGACCUCGACUUACGACCCAUGCCUGCUGAUCUCAGAAUGCGACAAGUUUGGUAUCAUUGGGAUGCAAACCGAUGACACACUUGGACUUAGUGACAAACAGUUCUCUAAUCUUGAAGAGGAAGAGCUCCAGAAGGCAGCUUUUGCAGCAAAGCCAAAGGAAGUCCUCAAGGUGGAAAAGCCACUCACUUUCAAUGGCUGCCGAAUCUCUCUUAACGCCGAUGGAAGCAUCAUGAUGACCCAGAAAGAACAGGCUUUAAAGCUUCAGAUUCCAACAACCAAUCAGGAAUAUAUUGAGCAACGAGCCCGCGGCGCAUAUCUCGCCAGUAUCUGCCAACCAGAGGCAGCCUUUGACCUUUCAGUUGCUGCCCAACAAAAGGAACCAUCUAGCGAUGACUUUAAACGUCUAGGACGCCGCAUCCAGUGGCAGAUUGAUAACCCAGGUAGAGGCCUAAAAUGUAUACCAUUUGACCUCGAUAAAGCAAAGCUUUUUGUGUUUGUUGAUGGCUCUUUUGCCAACAACGAAGAUCUGAGUUCCCAGCUGGGAUACAUUAUCGUCAUCGGUACAGAAGAAGAGACCAACAAUGGCGAAAUGCUCGUUAAAGGCAACAUCAUCACGUACUCUUCAACCAAGUCAAAGAGAGUUACGCGAAGUGCCCUAGCCUCUGAGCUUUAUAGCAUGGUUCAAGGCACAGACAUUGGAUACGCGAUAGCCUCGACUUUAAAGCUCAUCACAAAACAACUGGGAAUUCCAGACAUCCCCACGAUCCUUCUCACGGACUCGUAUUCCCUAUAUGAGUGCCUUGUUAAGCUCGGCACAACCAAAGAGAAGAGGCUCAUGAUAGAUAUCAUGGCUCUCCGACAGUCAUACGAGCGCCGCGAAGUCCAUGAAGUCAGAUGGAUCAACGGAGGAGAUAACCCGGCAGACGCGAUGACGAAAGCAUCGCCAAAUCACGCGUUGAGAACCCUUAUCGACAAGAAUAAGAUCGCGAUACGAGUGGAAGGCUGGGUAGAGAGGAAGAAGGACGAAAAGUGA